ACUUCCGAGGUUCCGCAGCAUUUAUCCUUUGUUCCCUGUUCGUCAGCAGCCCAGAAGCGGGAGUGUUGAUAAAGCUGUAAGAGAGCUGCAGCAGCAGCAGUUGAUGAACUCUGGAAAGAAGUCCAGCAGCUUGAGGAACAUCUGGUCAAAGAAACUGGAGGGAAGCAGGAGCUCAAACAGCGGCAGGACGCAGCAGAGGAAGAGACACCAGAUGAUGGAUGAUGUUUUCCAGCCCAGAUUAGUGCUGCCAGCAGAUGUUAAAGAAGAGGCUCCUGAAGAACAGAGUCCUGAUGUGGAUCAGCAGGAGCCAGAGUCCCUCCAGAUAAAGGAGGAACAGGAGGAACUCUGGACCAGUCAGGAAGGAGAGCAGCUCACUGUGAAGGAGGAGACUGAUACCAGGUUUCCAUUAACUGCAGCUCCUAUCAAGAAUGUUAAAGAAGAGGCUCCUGAAGAACAGAGUCCUGAUAUGGACCAGCAGGAGCUGGAGCUCCUCCACAUAAAGGAGGAAAGUGAAAGAAUCUGGGCCAGCCAGGAUGGAGAACAACUGAAUGUGAAGAAGGAGACUGAUGAUACCAGGCUUCCAUUAACUGUUGUUCAUAUGAUGAGUGAAGAAGAUGAGAAGAAACCUCUGUUCUCUCAGCUUCAUCAACAACAAACAGAAGAUAGAGAUCUUCCAAGCAGCAGCUCAGGUGACCAGAUAAAAGCAGAAAUUAAAGUAGAGGACUGUGGGACAGCAGAAUCCAGCAGGAACCCAGAUCUAAAUACUCAUGGAUGCUCUCCCAACUAUACAGAGACUGAAGACAGUGAAGAUGAUGAUGUGAAGCAUCAUGAAUCUGAGCUUAAACAUUUGGCUGACUCUGAAACUGAAGACAGUGGGGAUGAUUGGAAGGAGAGCAGGACUCCAGGGUCAGACAAAAACACUGUCAACAAAUCUUUGAGCUGCUCUGAGUGUGGGGGAAAAUUUGCUACCAGACGCUCUCUUCAGAGUCACAUCACAUGUCAUCCAAGAUUAACGUCUUCAGAUUGUUCUGGUAACGAGACAUGUUUCAGAGAAAAGAAAAACAUAGAUUCACUAACUAAAGUCCAGAGGAGUAGUAAAACCUUUAACUGCGUUGAGUGUGGUAAACGUUUUAACAGGAAACGCGAUCUAAGCAGACACAUGACUGUCCACGCAGGGGAGAAAUUCUUUGGUUGUGAUACUUGUGAAAAAAGAUUUGCCAAAAAGUCACAUUUAGCGCCACACAGAAGAAUCCACACAGGUGAAAAACCCUUUGGUUGUAAUGUUUGUGGGAAACAAUUUAACCAAAGCUCCACUUUAGCUCCACACGCAAAAAGCCACACAGGGGAGAAACCACUUAGUUGUAAUGUUUGUGGGAAACGAUUUAUCCGUAAAACAACUUUAAACCAGCACAUAAUAACCCACACAGGGGAGAAGUCCCUUGGCUGUGAUACUUGCGGAAAAAGAUUUGCCUACAAGUCACUUUUAAACAACCACAUGAGAAUCCACACAGGAGAUCAACCCUUUAGUUGUGAUGGUUGUGAGAAAAGAUUUGCCUCCAAGUCAGAUUUAAACAUACACAUGAGAAUCCACACAGGAGAAAAACCCUUUGAUUGUGAUGCAUGUGGAAGAAGAUUUGUCUCCAAGUCAAAUUUAAACAAACACGUGAAAAUCCACACAGGAGACAAACCUUAUAGGUGUGAUCUGUGUGGGAAAAGAUUUACCCAAAAAACAACUUUAACCCAGCACACAAGAACCCACACAGGGGAGAAAUCCUUUAGUUGCGAUACUUGCGGAAAAAGAUUUUUCAUGAAGUCACAUUUAAACCACCACGUGAGAAUCCACACAGGAGAUAAACCCUUUGUUUGUGAUGCAUGUGGGAAAAGAUUUGCCUACAAGUCACUUUUAAACAUACACAUGAUAAUCCACACAGGAGAAAAACCCUUCGAUUGUGAUGCAUGUGGAAAAAGAUUUAGCCAAAAGUCAGAUUUAAAAAAACACGUGAGAAUCCACACAGGAGACAAACCUUAUAGUUGUGAUCUUUGUGGGAAGAGAUUUACUCAAAAAACAACUUUAACCCAGCACACAAAAACCCACACAGGGGAGAAAUCCUUUAGUUGUGAUACUUGUGGAAAAAGAUUUUUGGAAAUGUCAUAUUUAAACAAGCAUGUGAGAAUUCACACAGGAGAUAAACCCUUUGUUUGUGAUGCAUGUGGAAAAAGAUUUGUCUCCAAGUCGCAAUUAAACAGACAUAUGAGAAUCCACAUAGGGAACAAACCCUUUGAUUGAGAUGCUUGUGAUAACAUUUUUGCCCUUACAUCACAAUUAAACACAAAAAUCCAACUGAAGAGAACAGUUUGGGUGUGAUGAAGGUGAUGAAAGCUUUGCCUUUAAGUAAAAUCUAAACCAACACACUAGAAUUUACAGAAAAAAAAACCUUGCUGGUUAUGAUUGCGGAAAAGAUUUAAUCAUUAUUUAAGCCCUUUUUAGAUCAUUGAGCUGCAAUAAACACGCAGCAUGAAACCCCCAUUGUGGAUAACUUUGUCCUUUCACAGCUUCUUUUAGCUGCUCUGCUGUCCUUAGUUGGUUUGUUCUUGGCCUGCUUAUAUAAGAGCUGGUCCCCUCUGGUGUGGGCCUCUUCAUUUGUUCUGGCCCAGCUUCCUCAGGUGUGGUUGCUGUGGCUGUAUGUGCAAAAUAUCUUGGUGGACACACAAAUGUCCUCGCCAAAACUGGUUUAUGCUGUCAUUGUGUCAGUGAGCUGGUUCGGGUCAGUGGCUGCAGCUUAAAAAAAUACUCCAAUUUAGGGUUGAAACAAUCAGAUUAAUCAUGAUGAAAUAAUUGUCAACUAAUUAGGGGGGCCAAAGCUAUCUCAGGGGGUCCACAGAUGAAAAUGAAUUUGUUUAUCGAACAAUCAGUUUCUGUUACCUGUAUUUAAGCAUAUACUAAGUACACAGGAGAUGAGAUUUGUGUACAUAAUUUGCAGUUUAACAAUGUAACACAAAAAACAAAUAAAAGAUAAAACAACACUUGGCAUCAACUUUUGAACAAUAACACUAUUGUGAUGAAACUUUACAAUAUUCCAAAUGUGGAGCUCAAGCAAUGUCCCACCAUUAAAAAGUAUAAAAAGAGGAUUAGAAAUGGAUAUCACACUUAAAACUAUUGUAAUUAUUAUUAUUAAUGUUGAUGUUCCUGCUUUUAUUGGUAGAAAUAUUGUUGCUUGUAUGUAAAUAUAAUAUAAUAUAAUAUAUUAUUUGUAAAUAUAUCAAUAAUGUCGACAGAAAAUGUAUAAGUUGUAACACAUUAUCCUAAUGUAACCAGUAUUAGAUCAAUAAAUAUAAUAUAUAAUAUAAUAUAUUUUAUAAUAUAUAUAAUAUAUUUUGUAGCGACCAUCAGGUUCCAUUUCUUUGCUCCCUUCUGGGUUUGGAUGGAUCCAGGUUCCUACGCGCUGACAAACAAUGUCCAGACUGGGAAAUAAGUUGUGGGGUGCUCCCAUUUAUUAAACCACUUUCAAAUAGAUGAUAAUCCAACAUCAAAGUGACAGUCUGGAAUAGCAAGCAUGAAGGAUACUGUAGUAAGUGUGAAGUAUAGAGACUAAACAUGAUGAACAACAGAGCGGUGAAAACCGUAGGACCUUCCCUAAACCAAUUCAUCUGCCUUCUCACCUCUGCACCUAUAUACACCAGAAAUUGUCAAUAGUUUUUUUUUUUUCAUGUUCUUUUUCCCCCUUCUGUUCUAUUUCUAAUACUGUAUCUGCAUAUUAUAUAUUUAAAGGAGACCUAUAUGGAAGAACCAGGUACAGAACAUGGAUGGAUUUGUUCAAAAACAAAUAAAUGAUAAAUAAAAAAUGUAAAAAAAAAAAAAAAGGAAUAUAAAGCAGCUAACUUGUAGGUUUCAGUUAAGUAGAAUUGGGUCCUUUCGGAGGAGCAAAACAGUUCUGGAAACAGCUGGGAACAGGUCAGUGGAAUCUCCUGGCACUGGUUCUUCUGGCUCACCAUCAUCCUGGCCAGAGGCAGAGGCCUCUGAGGCUUCAGACUCCUCCCUCAAUGAACUACAUUAAACCAAAAAUGAGUAUUUUCAAAAUAAAAACACAACCACAGAUUUAUCAUGAACAACACACAUAAGCAGCAGAUAACAUUUCAAAAUAAUGGAAAACAUAAGGUAACUACUCACCUGAGUAGUGAUUGUUUCUGUAGAUACUCUGACCUGGUGAUGGUUGGCUGGUUUGUGUGGAAAUCUAUUUGAUUUGUGCUUGAUUUGCUUAUUUUAAAAGAUGUCAUGUAUCCUGUCUCCCUGCCUUUUCAUUCUCAAUCAUAUCACUCCAAAUACUACUUAAACAAUGUUAUCAAU